AUGAUGCAAUCUACUAAAUGUAUGAAAAAAAUAAUAUUGAAAGAACAAUUGCCUAAACUAAUCACUUUUGAUGCUUAUAAUACAUUAUAUGCAACAAAUUUACCAGUGUUAGCGCAAUAUUCUAUGGUCGGAAAAUUAUAUAAUAUAACUACAGAUCCUAACGAAUUAAUAAAAUCAUUCCCAAAGGUUUUUGAUAAAUUAAGAGAAGACCAUCCAAAUUAUGGUAAAACAACUGGUAUAUCUGCUUAUGAAUGGUGGUCAAUUCUAAUUAAAAAUAUCUUUAAGCCAGCCGAGGUGCCAGACAAAAUGGUAGAUGACAUUUUAAACAGAUUCAAUGGAGAAAAUGCAUACACAGUAUAUCAUGAUGUGUUCGAGAUUUUAGACUUGAUAAAGGAAAAAUAUCCUAAUAUUAUUGUUGCAAUUAUUAGUAAUACAGAUCCUCUUGUUUACGAUCUACUUAAAAACCUAGAUCUUUACAAGUACUUCGAAGGAAACAUAUAUUUAUCAUAUGAUAUCGAAUUACACAAGCCUGAUGCUGCAUUCUUCGAUCAUUGCAUUGGGCAAAUAAUGAAGAAACAUUUUCCUUUCAUAAAUGAUGACCAGUUAAAUGAGUUUAAAAAAUCAUGUUGGCAUAUUGGUGAUGAGGCUAUCAAAGAUAUGGAAGGUGCAGCAAACGCUGGUCUAAACAGUAUUCUCCUCGAUAGAAUUGAUAAGUAUAAUUAUUUAACUUGUAAUCGUGCGAAAAAUGAUAGAGAUGAGCAUAACUUAUCAAUUGAUAAAGUUAAUGCAAAUUUUAAUCUAAUGUGGGACGAAAGCAUCAAAAAAAGUAAGAUCAUACAGCUGUCAGAGAAGACGUAUGUAUCAUCCAAUCUACGGAAUGUGAGACAACUUUUAUUUAAUGAAUAG